AUGUCGAACACAACGAGCAUCACCCGGACGGAAAAAGGCGAGGAUGGGAUGGCUGACAACAGUCACUACACGAUCGUCCGGAAAUCGACGAACCUCGACCGCAUGUUCUACGUCUAUCACCGACUCGGAAUCCAGUCCAACGUCCUGGUCGCCGCUCGCUACGCGUCCGCCCAGCCCGACAACAAACAGCGCGUCGUCCUCUCCGACGACGCCGUCUUCUCCGCUCUGCACGCCGUCGUCGCCAAGUACCCGGAGCUGGGCCUCGUCGGGGUGGUCGAGUCGGCGGACGACAAAAGACAUCUCCUCUCGCUGGCUUCGCUGGACGCCAUAGACCUCGAGUCGUGCGUCGAGUUCGUCGACGGCGAGCAGCAGCAGCAACAGCAGGAGGUCGACGCCGGGUUCCUCGAGAAGCUUCACAACCAGUGGUUCUGGGCCGAUGGGGACACGAACCCGGGCCAGCCGUGGUGGAAGAUCGUUGUCGUCGGGCGCCGGGACGUCGUCUUCGUGUUCCAUCACCUCGUCUGUGAUGGCGCGUUCGGCAUGACCUUCCACCGCGAGUUCCUCGCCGCACUCAACGCCGCCGCGGCAGCACCAGCAGCAGCAGCGACUUCACGACCUGACCCGAACCGGUCUCGCAGGGUCCAGUUGGGGAGCCCCGCACGCGUCAAGCUGAGCCAGAAGCUCGAGGACGCCAUCCACAAGAAGCCCUCGGUGCUCGGCGUCAUGUACAACCUGCUGAUGUUCCUCUUCUACCGCUUCUUCUACGCCAAGAGGCUCUUCUUCGCCGACUUCCCGAAGCCCAAGACACUCCCACUCACCGAUCCGACCGCCGUCGCCGGUCCCGCCGAUCGCACCGUCACCAAGGUGGUGACCUGCCGUAUCUCCGCCGACAAGACCAAGGCCAUCAUCGCCGCCUGCCGCGCGCACGGCACGACCCUGACGCCGUUCCUGGCCGUCAUCAUCGCCGGAACGCUGGCGACGGACUUUUAUCCCGACGCCGAGGUUGGUUUCACGCGGUACGCCGUCGACAUGAGGGCCACGGGGUGCUUCGAGACGUCGUCGGAGGACGAGGGGAAACUGCUGAACCUGGCCGCAAGCCUCCCGGAGCCCGAGCGGCUGAAGAAAUACCGCCACGCGUUCUCCGCGUCGCCAUCAUCGUCGUCGUCGUCGUCGCCUUCGUAUGUCCAGGGUGAGAAGCAGCAGCACCAGCAGAAGACGCCUGUCGUCGACUCCAACGCCGCAUGGGCGCUGAUCCAGGACUACGGGAGGCGGAUCAAGGCCUCGUGCACGGGCGGCGAGGACUCGCACCUCUAUAAGAGCUGGAUUAGCGGCAACGCGCUGGGCCCGUCCCUCGAGGAGUUCGCCGACAAGCUGCCGACCAUGGGCCUGUUCAUGCACAACAGCUUCUCCGUCUCCAACGUCGGGGCCCUCAAGGCCGCCACCCGGGCGUCGAACACGGAGGAACCGCUCGUCCGGAUCGAGGACGUGCAGUUCUCCGCCGGCCCUGUCCAGGGCGCCGUCGGGUACCACGGGAUCGUGUUCAACGUUGCUGGCGUCGCGGGCGGCGACACUGUUGUCAACGUCUGUACCGAGGGGGGCGUCGCACCGGAUGGGAUGCCGCAAGCUGUCUUGGAUGGUGUCAUGGCCCGUAUCGAUGCGUUGUUGGAGCAGCGCGACUUCUCUCACAACUCGUGA